AUGAAUUUUUUAUAUUUUCUAAAAUUUAUAGCAAUUUUAAUUGCAAAAAACGGGAAAGGACAUUUAAAUUUAUUAAAUAGAAAUCUUAAUGAGACAAAAAUACAUUCUUUAUUUGAAAAAGGUAAAGGCGGUGAGGCAAAUAAGUCUAAGUCUGAAGUUGAGCCCAUAGUGGAAAAUGAGUCAAUUAACUUUAAAACAACAAAAAUCGUAGUAGGAUUAGAAUAUCUGGGAGCGGGAUAUGAUAUUGUUAAGGCAAACACGAUGGGUGAUGCCGACCAAGCAGAGGAUUUGGGGUACAGAGCCCCAGUGAUAGAUUUCACGUGGGCACAAACUGAUGUGGGAGUUACAAACAGUCUGGACUCAUUACAACCAGUAGGAGGAUGGGUAAGGCCUAAAGUGUCAUGUGGAGAGUCUGAAAAUGUUACUGAAAUAGAGUCGAUAAGUAAAUUGAAAGAUGUUACGGAGUCUGACGUUGGAGUGAAUGUAAAGAUUCCAAAUGUUGGAACAGGAUCAUUGAACACACAAUAUCAAGAAUUGAAAAAAGAUUCAGAACAUACAAACAAUAAAUUGUAUACAAACUCAUACUACUGUUUCACCUAUGCAGCUGGAAUACCUCCAACACUUGAUUGGUCCACAACUGAGGAUUUUAAUUUAUCAGUUUCUGAAUUACCAAAGAAAAUUAAAGACUAUGAAAAGUGCACACCAGAGGGAUACAAGAACAGGAUAAAAGAAUGCAAGGAUCUGGUUAAGUGGAUGGAGUUUUUCUCAGAGUUUGGAACACACGUUGUUGUUCAAGUGCAUUUGGGAAAGUUAACUAGAUAUUUGAGUGUUCCAUCUAGCAUAAUUGAAUCUCUGGCAAAUAAAGGCUUAGAUGUAAAUGCAGCAAUAGGAGCAGUAAUAUCAGGCGUUUCAGCAAACAUAGCAGUGGGAGUGUCAAAGUCAGAGGAAAGCGAAAUAAAACAACUAAAAAAAUCAUCAAAACUAAAAUUUAGUGUUUUGGGAGGAAUUCAUCCCGAUAGAAACAUAUCACCCACAUCAAUAAGGAAAUGGAAAUCAACAGUCCCAAGAUACCCAAUGCCUAUAAAGAUUGAUGUGGAGAGUAUAAGUACAUUCUUGCCAAGAUCAUAUUAUAACUCGUUCAAAGAAGCGUUGAGUUUUUAUAUAACACUAAACAAAGCUCUUCCUUGGGAUAUUGAGCAAAAGAAUAAAAGACUUAUGACCAUGAAGUCACUAUUGGUAAAUUCAAAGCAGAUAUUAGUUACAAACAAAAAUGAUGAAUUACCUGUGGCCAAAUGUCAAGAUGGAAAAAGAGUGCUUUUUGGAUUCAUUAUAAACAUUAACGAAGAUUUAAGCACCUCUGUGUAUUCAUGUGUACAAAAUAAGUAA